AUGAGACAGACUGCUUGUAUUGCUACUAGAGCUGGAAGAACAGAAUCACAACGCUGGAGUGAAGAGAAUGGAUUUGACAUCAAGCCUAUGGUUGAGAUUAUUGCUCACGAGUCCGAUCAAGAAGUGCUCAGAUUGGCAAUUGGCCUGUUUUUGAAAGCUUGUCAUGAUAUUGACGACGAAAAUUUUGGCAUCGUGUUGUCAAGACUUGUUUCACGACUGGAAUCAUCCAGUGGUUCAGUUGCUGUUGGGUUUAUCGAAAAUCUUCAAACCAUGUUUUGGAAUAUUCAUCGUCAUGACCGAGUAAAAGCAAUGAAAUGUGGCAUCAUUCCAGCAGUAGUCAAUAUGCUCAGGAGUGUCGAUCAAGAAGUGAUUUAUGAAAGCAUUGCUGCUAUUGAGAACUUUUGCAAACAUGCAGAUUGUGAAGUGAUUUCAGCCGAGUUGAUAAGGUCGGGUUUGAUUCAAACACUGAACGACUUGUGUGUCAGAUACAGCGAUAACUCUGCACUAAAAACACGCAUAAUCAAGAUGGCUGGAACAGUUGCAUCCAAAAUGCGCGACUUUCCUGUAUCGCUUGUACGAUCGUUGGUUUUUGAGCAAUUGACGAUAUCGAUGUGCAAUCUCAAUAUGGGUGACCCUUUGCGCCUGUUUGGAUAUGUCAACGACAUGAUUCAGAAAUCUACAAACAAGGACGAGAUGAUCAAGGUGUUUCGAGAAUAUGGAAUUGUAAAGCAACUCAACACUAUUAUUUCACGCAGAGAUAUGGAUUUGUGUGAUUAUAAUGGUAUUGUAAAACUACUUGAAACAAUUGUUGAUUUUGCCGAUAAUCAUCCCGACAGUUCAAUACGUACCGAGUUGGAACAAGGCAGGAUAUUUGAAAAUCUAAUGGCUAUUGUAAAAUCGAAUACUGCUGAUCACACAAACAGAAGGAUUGCUGAACAGAUCAUUAAAACGUGUUUCCAGCAUCGGGUUCAUGUUGCUAAUUCGGACAUUCAGUCAUACGACGACAAUGCCGAAAUUGAUAUGAAAUCUGGAAUGGCCGGAGAUACACAUGGAGAGGUGCGCACACUUGUCGAAAUGCGGUAUAUCCAGUAUUUGCAAUCUAUACUUUGCAAACCCAUGUGGUGGAUCGAUAUCACAAACCAGCAUAUUGUGGAGCAAUGGAGGGCUGACUCACUCGAUCAGAAUAUAUCACCAUCAACAUUUAAUUUUGCAUUGGAACAACUCGAGUUUUUUGUCAAACAGCUUGUUUCAUCUGAUAUGUAUUGGAAAGAUGUGUAUGGCAUUAUUAAUCGAGAAUCACGACGCAAUCAGUAUAUAGGAUUGCUUGAAUUACCAAAUGGUCGAUGUGUAGUUUAUCCCAAUCGAUACCAACACAAAGAACAAUCAUUUGAACUUGCAGAUCCAACUCAACCAGGACACUGCAAGAUUCUGACAUUUUUUGUAGUGAAUCCAGCAUGUCGGAUUGUUUCGACUGCGCAUGUGGCUCCACAACAACCACAAUGGUACAACUCGAGUCUUGACAAGACACCCAUACUGCCUGAACUGUGGAAUGAUAUCAUGCAGUAUAUUCAAGGUGUUCAAUCACCAGCUGAAGCCAAACACUAUCGAGAUGAAUUGACAAGCGACCGAACUCGAAUCAUAAGAGCAUACAACGAAGAAAUAUAUGAGCGGGCGUAUAGUGAUUGGUGA